CCCGCAGGCCCGCGCUUUUUAGGCUUCUGCGUUUUCUUCUGAAGGUUGUUGGUUUUCGGAAGGAAUUGCUCAGUUCGUUCCCGUGGCGGUGGUUCCCUGAUUGUCGAAAUGCCGUAGUGUUAAAAGAUCACUGAAGUUGGAUGGUCUCUUAGGAGCAAAUAACAGACAUUGGCACCCUUCUUAACAAUCAACUAGAAAUGUAUGGACUUAUUUCUGGACUCUCAGAUCAAUUCCAUUCAUCUAUGUGCCUGCCCUUAUGCCACAUUAUAUCUGAUUACUUCAUUUGAUCCUUCAGAAAUUACAAGGAAGAGAAGUAUUACAAAUUAUUCUCCAACAACUGGAACCUGUCGAAUGAGCCCAUUUGCAUCUCCCACAAGCUCUAAAGUACAAGAGUACAAAAAUGGACCAUCAAAUGGAAAGAGAAAAAAGCUGAAUCAUCUCAGUUUAACCAAAAGAAAGGAAUCUACAACAAAAGAUGAUGAAUUCAUGGUGUUGCUAUCUAAAGUUGAGAAAUCAUCAGAAGAAAUCAUGGAAAUAAUGCAAAGUUUAAGUAUUAUUCAGGCUUUGGAGGGCAGUAGAGAGCUUGAAAAUCUCAUUGGUAUCUCCUGUACAUCGCGUUUCUUAAAAAGAGAAAUGCAGAAAACAAAAGAACUAAUGACAAAAGUAAUGAAACAAAAACUGUUCGAAAAGAAGAGUUCAGGACUUCCUAACAAAGAGUUACAUCAUCUUGACAGCUAUGAAUUCCUUAAAGCCAUUUUAAAUUGAGGCAUUUAGAAGAAAUGCACUCACUAUGAACACCAACUUUUGCAUCUGCCUGGUCAUAUUUAAAGGGACAGAAAAAAUGUUUGUAAUUAAUCUGCCCAGUAAAUACCAGAUCAUAGCAUUAGGCAGGUGCAUGUGUAGAUAAAAUUUCUUGCAGCUAAUUUAAACUUUCUACACACACCAGUAGAUAAUCUCAAUGUAAAUAAUACAUUUCUUCUUGACCCUUUAAUGAGUGAGCCAACAUGUAGACAAGGAUCUUGACUUAUAUUCUAUAUCACAUAUGCUUCUGUAUAGUUUUAGCAUCUGUGGAUAGACUUAAUAAAGCAUUUAUAAAAAUGGCACUUUGGUAGAGCUAUAGAUUUUAAAAGAUUAAAUUUAAUGGUGAGUGGAAUUAGGUAUCAGUUUUCCCAUUUAAAGGCCCAGAUGUAUAUUAAUUAGAUCCUUUUUAAAACUUUUAAAAUUUAGUUUUUGUAGCUACUAUCUCAGUGAUACUUUUUUCUAUUCUAGUUAUUACUAUUCUUGUAGAGAAAAAAGAUAUUCUCAAAGUUUUAAAAUUUUCACACCUUUUAUAAAAUAUUGGAAUGUAUUUUUUAGUAGACAUUUAAAUAUGAAGUUGUUUUUAAACUGAACUACAGACUCUACUGAAUUUAUAGAAAAAAAAACUUUUUAUGGGGGCAAUUUGUGAUCCUCCCCAAAUUAUUUUAAAGCAUUAAUUUGUUUUUCUAUGGUAGUGUUUUAUAUCAUGUUUGUGCUGUCACAAAAUAUAAAGGGGAAGAAGGGAUCACAGAAUGUGUUAUAACUUGAUAACAUGAUUUUUAUAAACUUCUAUACUUUGACCAUUUCUACAAGGGAAAAAUGCUAUUCCUUGGUACUUGUCCUAAGUCUUAACAAAAUUUGUACAGGAUAUCACCAUUGCAUUUAAUUCAGUGUAUCAUGAAAAUAAAAAUACUUUAUAAAAACCUAAAAUAAAAUUUAACAAAAUAAGGUUGAAAGUAACUAAUUUUCCAUUUAGAAAGUCUAGAUUUACCUCUUAAAAUUAUUUUUUUAACUAUUAAAUGAUAGAUAUUAAACAAUAGCCCAAUUAACUAUUAAACUGGUCUUCACUAAUGAUUUUAUUGGUAUUAAAUAUUUUAAGAUAAUCUGUCUGCUAAAUAUUAAGAGCUCUUUGUGAUACAGCCCUUAUAAUAGGACAUUACCUAAAACGUACCCAAAAGGAUAAUUCUUUUGUGUUGUAGCAAUGAAAACCUUAGAACGUAAGCCAGAAUAAAGAAACCUAUAUUCGUAAGGAAAUAAAGGGUCAAGAAGUAGAUUGGUUUUCAUAUGUAAUCCAAGUUAUGCAGGUAUAUGCUUAAUGCUAUUAAAUCAGUUACUGUAUAUUUGACCUCUAGAUAUACUAAGCUUUUGCCUUUCAGAACAGCUGGGCCUGCUAAGAAUCAUUUCUCAGUUCUCUUCAUUGCGGAUCAUAUGACUCUCGCUUUAUCACCCUUGGAGGCCACAUGAAGGACAAAGCAGAAAGAUCCACACACAAAACUAAUGUUUAUGUGGGGGCUGAAUGGGGAGCAAUAUACUUGGCCCUGAUUUUCCAAUGAACAUAGCAGAAGAGACCAAUUGAGACUUGAAACUGUUGUUUCUCCAGCCAUUAUUUAGUUGUAUCCUAUCCAUCUCUUACUCUCUAUUGAACAGAGAGGCUCCUUCGGCUACCUUGACUUUUGUAAAUGUUUCACUCACGUAGUUGUUGUUUAUCUUUUGGACAGAAUGCUACAUCGGGGAUUUUUCUCCCUUCCCUAAGGCCUCAAAGGAAAAUGACUUCUGUGUGCUUCAUAUUUGAUACAUGAACAUACACCCUAUUCUCUUCAUUUUAAGAAGCAAACCUAUUGGCAACUGCAUUUCUCAGAAAUGGCCCUUCCCUCUAAAAUGAACUUGAAAAUAAUUUAGAAGGGUUCAUUUUUGACAGGUGUAUUAGUGAAGUGAGAAAUUGUUAAUAUUUUUGCAUAACCUAAAUAUCUUUAUGUUAAAACAUUCCUAUAAUCCUGGGUGUAGCUGAGAGAAGUGCUUUGGAAUUGCUUGUUUCUGUGAUCUUAAUUUAUCACUGGACAUUUUUGGUAUUUUGGAACUUAAUCCUUCAAAGUUCGAAGUGGACUCUCCUUAAACUGGUUUCUAAUAGAUAUGAGAUACUUGACCUAUAAUUGCUACAAGUCUCCAUAAAACUAUAAUGUAACUAACUUGGUAAGAUUAGGUUAAAUCAUCUAGAAAAUAUUUUAUUUACAGAAUUUACCUAUAAGAUACCGUGAAUAUGGGUGCAUUCUAUUUUACUAAUGUUAUAUGUGGGCUGAAUGGGGAGCAAUAUACUAAAUAUUUACUAAAUAUACUUUUGUUUUUAAAAAGUAACAUUUCCUAUUCCAGUUAUUCAGAAGUUAGAACUUCCUCAUCCCUGAUUUAAAUCAACAUCCUGUGUUAGACACAAGUAUGCUAUUACAAAAAAAUAAAAACUAAAAAAAUAAGACUACGCUCGCCAGCCAAGAUGCUGACAUUUGGGCACACUUGAUUACAGAUGGUGACCAUGGACAGCGAUGUUCUUGCUGAUUCGGCAGUGAUUCAAGGCUGCUUUUCUCUGCUGACCUGCCCUUUGAGUCUUUAUGCACAUUUACUUUGAGAAAGAAAUACUUCUUGAUUUUCACUUUGUCUAAACCCACUUCCUUUAUCAUACCUUCUUUUAUCAGCCUUUGGUUGUCCAUGCCUAGAACCACAUUUUCUUUGUGUGUAAUGUGUUUGGCUUGCAUUGUUUUACAAUAUACUACCAGUUAUGCUUUAAUGGCUAUCUUAUGAAAUAAAUACAUUCAUUAAAAUA